UUCAACUGGAUAGUGGUAAUGACAAGAGAGCGUCUCACCUCUCGAGAAAACCAGUCUUAGUUAACUCUCAUUUUUGUGUGUUUCUUUGGAUGUUUUGGAAGCGAUGGAGAGCGACUGUACGGAUUGAUUUGCCUUGAACGUACAUUUACCAAAUAUAUAGUCAUUUCUGGAGGACAUCGCGGUUGUCUUUGGACCUUAAUGGCAAGUUAGCCAACCUUGUUUCGUGUGCCAUGUGGGAGUAAACCUUCCCAAGGAAGGGUCAUGCUAGCCACACAGAUGCCAGAUACGCCACCUGAGGCUAAAGAUGUCAAACAGAUCAAAGAGAAGCUGGCACAGUCGCUCAAGGCCCUGCAGAAACGAUAUGUAACGUCAGACACAGUGGUCACCAGUGAAGACAGCGAUGCUAACCUCCUCUGCUGUGCCCUGGAGGCCAUCUUCAUCCACGGUAUCAAGAGCAAGUAUGUCCGCUCGGAGGCUGGGGGCCGAAAUAGGAAGGGAGACCGAGGUCCGCUCCCUCAGCCUUUCUUCUGGAGCCUCCUCAAGACCGUCACCCACCGUGAUGUGGUCACAGAGCUGGAGAAGAUCAGCUUCGUGGGCACGGACGUGGGUCGCUGCCGAGCGUGGCUGCGGCUGGCCCUCAACCACGGCCUGCUGGAGUGCUACCUUGCUUCACUGUUUCGUGAAGGGUCCAAGCUGCGGACCCACUACCAGCCCAGUGCCUUGCUCCUGAACACCGAGGAGCGGGAAGUUCUGCUCAGCUACCUGCAAGGUCUUUCGUCGCUUACAUUCAGCCUUUCCUACAAGUCGGCUGUCCUCAACGAAUGGACCACCACGCCUCUGGCUCUCGCUGGACUCUGCCCCUUCUCCCAGGCCGACACAGCCGACCUGUCCCUCAAUGGCGAAGACCAUCCCGCCUCCAAGCCCACGUAUAAAGAAUCUUGGGAUACAGUGUCUCAGUCAUCAGGCUCAUCAGACGCGCAGGAUACGCAGAGAGGGUGCCCAGUGAUGCUGCUGGAGAAAGGCACAGGUGUAUUGCAAGGGGAGAGGACUGCACUCAACUCAUCUAAUUUGAGUCUGGACACCACAGGCUCCUCUCAGCUCUCAUCCAGCUUGAGCUCUGACAGCCUCCUGCAGGGGCAGGACCCCCGCAGCCCAACAGGAGAGCAGUGGUCUUCAUGUGACCUGGACAUGCCCAUAAAUGUCAACCACAGCACCAAGAGGCCACAGAAGGUUUCUCUGACAGAGUUCAGGGAGAGCGGACACUGCAGUCAGGACUCCAUGCGUGAAGACUCCUUUGUCUCCAGCACGGAUCCAGAUCAGCACUCGGAGACGGCCGUUUUCAGCGGCUCCGACAGCGAGACCCAGGGUCCCCCUACAGUAUCCCAAGACCUCGUGGACCAACUGCCAAACUCUGAUUCAGAGCCGCAACCAACAUCUGACCAUAACCAUGUUAACUGCUCUCCCUCUGAAGUGUGCAUCAAUACCUCUCCUGAGUUACACUUGGACACGGACACGCUCUCUACAGUCAGUGAGCCUGUGGAGUCUGGAGUAGAAGUACGCACGAUAGGUUUUCAGAAGAAUCCUGAGCCUGUCGAGGAAGAGAAAGAAGCAGAAACCUCCGAGCCUUCAGUGCAUCAAGGCUCACGUCGCUCCAUCAGCAUCCUGAGCAGCAAAAUGUCCUCAGACUCUCUAUCACAUUCUCGUUCCUGGAUCUCUGAGGAUGACAUCUACAAGCCCCGCCUGGAAGAGGUGCCAAACCACGAUGAGGCUCCUCCUCCUCCUCCUGCUCCUGCUCCCGCGGCUGAGCUCAAGGACUCUCCGUCACCUCCCAGUGUCGUCCAUCGCAGACAAAUAGGGCAGUUCAACCCUUUUCGUGGCUUGCUGAAGCUCGGUCAUCUUGAGCGACGAGGUGCGAUGGGAAUGUGGCGCGAUUACUACUGUGAGCUGUCGCCCUUCGAGUUCCGGCUGUAUCUCAACGCGGAGGAGCGGACAUGUUGCGACAACUGCUCCCUGUUGCGAUGUGAGGAUGCUCGCAUCGCCUCGCCCGAGGGCCGCUUCGAGUUGACCUUUCCUGGGAAGCGACUGCACCUCCGGGCGGCCAAUCGCGACGAAGCCGAGGACUGGGUGGACCGGAUAGUGGAGGCCGUCAACAAAUGCCGUCCAGCAUCUCGUGUUGAUGACCAGUGGGAGGUGCUGCAACCCACCAGUGAGAACGGUGUGGAUGCAUUGUCCCCGACCUCCGCCCCCUCCAGCCCCGAGUGCGGUUCAUCGUCCUCUGACACAGGGACGUGUGGAGGACAAGAGGUGUCUCCUCCUCUACAGGAAUUCAACUGGACUCGGACUGCUGAUCUGGAAACGGACGCCAUCAAAGAAGCUGUUUUGUACUUCUCCACAGAUCCCGAGGCUCGGACAUGGGCGCCUCUGGUCUUCUCCCUCUCCUUGGAGGCUUUGAAAGGCUUUCUGGUUCAAGAGGGUAGGAAGCUGCUGCGGCAAACCCACCCGGUGGAGGAAAUCCGGGACGUGGUGCCUGACGUGUCUACGGGAGGGCCGGCCUUUUUCAAACUCCUGACCGUCAGGGAGACGCUUAGACUCAGAGCGGAGAACCCAGAGGAGGCUCGCUCCUGGAGGGUUUUGAUCAGAGGAGCUCUGGACUCGUACCUGGAGAGCGGGGAGGACGACAGCUCUGGGGAGCCAGCUGUAGUGAGCGGGGGGGUGACUGGAAAUCUCCACAGACUGGUGCAGCACAGACUCAAAGAAAAUGGAGCACUUCUUGUUAAUCUGUGCACUGUGCCCUCAGAGAAGGGGCUGGACACUCAGAGCUUCAAGUGUGCAGGGUGUCCUCAGCAGAUCGGCCCGUCCCGGGGCAGAGCCAGGCUAUGUGAGUUUUCAGGCCAGUACUACUGUGACUCCUGUCACCACGGCGACACUAGCAUUAUCCCUUCACGCAUGGUGCACAACUGGGACCUCGCACAAAGAGAGGUGUCUAAGAAGGCCCUGCAUCUGCUGGCUCAGGUGGAGCAGGAGCCUCUGCUGAAUCUAGAUCAGCUGAACCCUGAGCUGAUGAAGCAUUCCGAGUCCAUGACUCAGGCCCACAACCUGCGGCAGAAACUGCGCCUCCUGGGCGACUACCUGCUCACCUGCCGCAGCGGAGCCUGCAAGAAACUCCAAGCCAGAAUGGAGCAGCGAACGUACCUGCUGGAGUCGAGCCAUCUGUACAGUGUCCUGGACCUUCGACAGAUAGCAGAGGGUGAAUAUGCAACCUACCUGCUCACACUGUUGCAGUACGCCUCCAACCACGUGUUCCACUGCGACCUGUGCACUCAGCGGGGCUUCAUCUGUCAGUUAUGCCACGCUAAUGACAUCAUCUUCCCCUUCCAGUUUGACAUCACCACCAGGUGUAAAGAUUGUAAGGCUGUGUUUCACCAGGCCUGCAAAGCUGCUGGGGUCUCGUGUCCUCGCUGUCAGCGGAUGAAAAAAUAUGAGAGAAAUAUGCAGUAUUGAGCAUGUACUGUGUAGCCCUGUCACGUUUUUCAGGAAGCUAGAGGAUACUGACGCUGAGAAACUGAAAUUCUAGCUUUUACAUGAAGUAACCUCAAGUGCAAUUAUGAGUGCGUUUGCCUGCCCUCACUGAACUUUGAGCGGAAGAGGACGGUGUUUGAGCGACAGUGGUGAAGUAGCAAGACUCUGUUGCACUAAUUUAGAGUCACAUCAGACCUCAUGAUGCUGACAAAAUGCAGCCAAAUGUCUGACCGGUGACUUUAAUACCUCUCUGAAUUCAGACUCCGCCACGGGAUCAAACGAAAGACUGGACGACGGUGAAGGUUGCUGCCAAGAAUCGUAUCAAUAAAUCUUUUACAUUCUGUUCUUCUUACUUUGCCUUAAGUGGCGAGUUCAGGGCUUUAC